UACCUGCCACUGGUUGGGUGGCCAAACGACGAAGCAGCAGGUCGUUAAUUCAUUAAUACAAGCUCAUGUUGUCACAUAAGAGUCUGCCGAGCAUUAGAGAAGUCAAAGCAGAGCCAAACAGCGCGGAAUUAGUACGAGCUAGAAGGUAGCGAUACAUAGACAGGAUGGCAGAUCUUGGAAGGAAAAACUCAACGACGACAACAACGGCAGCAGCUACGGCUAUAACCACAGUUCUAUUCGACUUGGACAACACGUUGAUCGAGACUAGAAAGGGGGAUAGUUUAGCGUGUAGAAAGCUGUCCGAGGAAUUGACUCAGGAGUACGGAGUGCCGCAAGAAUUGUCAAGCAAAGUAACGACUGGUUACUUGAAGCAGUUUAGAAAAUGUCCGGACAAUCCAAAGUAUAGUUUAGAUGCCUGGAGGAUAUCACUGUGGAGCAAAGCGCUGGGCGAAAGUUACUCGUACCUGAACAAAGCCGUCUAUGAAAGAUGGCUGGAGCUGAGAUACCACUACCUCGCGCUCACCGGCGACACGGUCUCCAUGUUGCUUCAGCUCAGGAAGAAAUACCUCAUCGGUUUAAUUACAAACGGACCGUCCAACGCACAGUGGGAAAAAAUUCAAAAGCUUUCCUUGAACCAGUACUUCGACCUCAUUCUAGUCUCCGGAGAUCUUCCAUGGGAAAAACCUGACCCGAGGAUAUUCGAGGAGGCCUGCCAAUGCCUGAAAGUUACACCGGCCGAGUGCAUCAUGGUUGGGGAUAAGCUUGAAACCGACAUUCAAGGGGGUAUAGAAGCUGGGCUCGGAGGAACGGUGUGGAUACCGACGACUGAAAAGCCGAGACUUUGCGCGGGGGAUCCAAAGCCGGACGUGACUAUAAAACACGCCACCGAUAUUUACAGUGUCCUGAAUCGUGGGCCGGGAGCACCGGAGCUGGAAGAUUCGUCGUCGAAUGCUUCGGAUGGCAGCUGAUGGGAGGAUGGAUCGUUAUUCGAGACAUGCAUGAUGCCUCAGUUCUCAGUAGAGAUAUAUUAUAAACUUAGAGACUUAAUUUAGCUAGUUUCGUAUAGAGACGUCUAGCACCUCUUCUUGUCAUUUUACGAAUUUAACCGUUCGUAAAUAUUUUUAUUAAUAUUAUCAUUAUUAUUCUCACCAGCGGAAACGAAAAUUUAGAUUAGAUAACUUAACGGGUAAAGGGGAAAAAGUAAAUGAAAAAUCGAACAAAUGAUGUGUGAUGAUACUUUGAAGCAUCGAUAUAUUAUUGUAGGACUUGUUAUACUUUUCUGAUUUUAUUAUUAAGUUGUUUUUCUUUCUCUUUUUCGACUAAAGUAGAUGAUUACUUAAACACAUCGUUAUAGAAUGUACAAAGUAUUUUUCGAAGAGUUGUCAAAAAUCUGUUUUCAAAUCCUUUGAACGCGUACGGAGUGCUCUUCCAAGGCUUCGACUUGCGCAAGUUCGAUUCUUAAAGAGACUUUUAGUCAAUUCGGAUAUCGGGAUCUUUUUUAACUGAAGCCAGAACCAACGAACAAUUUGGUCGACUGCAAUACUAGACUGUUAUUAGUUAUAAAUUUCUUAUAAUAUACGUAUAACAUAGGUACUUGAUUCAUCAUCGGUUAAUUCACAUAUAAGACAAACACUUUGCGGUAUGUUUCGUUCAGCGACGUAAGUCUUGAAAAUGUCGAAGGUUGCAGAUUAGCCAUGUCGCACUUCUUUUUUCUCUAUUUUCCUCGUCAUUUUGUACUUACUAUAUUUUUAUUUACCACUUCCUUGUUACGCUUAAUCCACGUCAUUUGCUUUCGAGGUAAUGAUUCGUAAGAGUGGUUGUCUCAGUUUCUUUUCUUAUACAUAAUAUACUUAAUCAUUCACGGUUUUCCCCUCUAUUAUGACGCGAUCAUCCAAACCAAUUGCAGUGUACGGUAAACGGAUAGAUAUUCGUACUUGAAUUACAAAACGUUGUUGAAAUAUUAUUAUUCUCAUGUUUAAUCGGUAAUGGUAAUUAUAGCAAGACGAAUGAACCAUAUCGGCUCAUAUAUUUAAUUCCAGAAAAAAAAUUUACUUGAAGAUAUCUCGUAGAUAAUUUAGAUAUAUAUCGAGACGUGUAUGUACAAAGGCAGGAGCACGCUUAAUACGUGCGCGUCAUUUACUAUAAAAUUGAGAGAAAGUGUAGAGAAAAGGUGAAAAGAUCAAAACAAAAAGAUGCGAAGAAAGAAAGAGAAUAUAAUAUGUAUAUAGAUAUUUUCGAAAAAAAAAAAUCGUAUAUAUAUUUAUAUUCUAUUUUUUUAAUGGUUUAUCUUAGAAUAAUACACAUACAUAUAUUCACAUACAAAACUCGUACGAAUCAAUGCGUACUCUUAGAUUAGUAGUAUUUAAAAAAAAAAAAGGUAUAUACCGUAUGUUUCCAAGUAUAAAGCGACCACCGAUUCUAAGACAGUGUUUCAGGAUAUUUUUCUUAGUUACCAGCACAUAAGACGGGUCUGCGUAUAAGACGAGGACGACAAAAAAACAUCUGCUUAUAUUUGGAACGAUACGUUAUAUCACGCACGUGAUGUUGUGUACAAUAUUCUGUAUUCGUUUAUUCUGUCUGUAUAAUAUUUUUUUCAACUUAUCAUACGUACUACGUAGUUAUAUACGUACUUAUGCUUAAAACAGAUAUACCAUAUACGCAUACCGUGUAUGGAUACAGUUAGAUGACAACAGCCGUCGGCUUCAUUGUCACCAAAAAGAAAAUAAAUAAUACGAUGUGUGUUGAUAUAUAUUUUUUCACUAUAUAUAUUUUAUUGCUGUUGAAUAUACAUUGAAAUAUGCUAAGCGAGAUGGCAGUUGAUUAGUGACUCGAGAAAAAAACUUUCUGUCUUUUCGUUAAAGUACUUUUUUGUUUUUACUAUUGUUUUUUUUUUUUUUUUAAUAUAGUUUUCCUUCUGUUUCUCUACAUCUCACGCACACGAUACAGCGCAGGCACUUUUGGUAAUAGGUAUUAUAUUAUAUUAUAACAUUGUGAGCCUGCAAUGUAUACGUACAUACGUGAAGCAAAAUGUAUCAUUCGUAAAUGAAUAUUACAAUUUCCUCGUAAUAAAUAUCCAAUUAUCUUGUAAA